UUAGAGCUGGGUAAUUUAAAUCGCGCAAUCUGAUUGGUCCAUGCGCGGACUCUAAUUCGAGUAGAGCAAAUUUUCCGGACUCUAAAUAAACUUUCUCCGGACUCUAAAUUUGGCGCAUGCGCAAUGGCUCACUUACGUUGGGCGGAGUCCCCCAACUAACUAUAUACGUGUAGAGGCGAGCACACACAAAGUCAAAAGCUUGUGAGAUACUAGUACUCAGGACCGCCCCCUCUGUGAGCAAUUGAAUCCUCUGAUAUCUACUGCACCAUGAGAACAUUCACAACGACCUGAAGUCAAAAGCUUAUACUGCAAUUUCACUGGGAGAUGUUGCAGAAACUUCUUGUGGUAGCUGCAGCCGUGGGACUUCUCCACAUGCAAGGAGGCAACUGCCAGUGUUUCAAUGACACAGUCUGCGCUGGAGAUACAAUAGACGUAACAGAAGCAGGGCUACCAAUAGCAGAUCAAGCAGACUGCUGUGUUGGUACUAACGCAGGUCUAUCAUACAACGAUAGCUCCUGCAAUCUCUGUAUAGUUCAUGGGUUUGCUCAAGCUGCAUAUGAUGUGGUGGAGGAUCAACAGUUGGUCACUAUGUUUCAACUCAAUGUGAAGGGAAUGACACAGUUUGGUGGUGCUCUUGUUGUCACUGGAGUCAUCACCGCCACAGCAGAUGGCACUGCAGUGGGUUCCGACUUUGAACAGCUGGAACCAAUCAGAGUCACAAACAAUGCCGAGAUCAGACUCUUUGCUGCGAAUGAUUUCAUUGCUCUGGAAUACGAUGAUAGGGUCCUACUGAGGUUUGCUCCCGACAAUCCUGCUCUCAUUACCGAC